AUGGUUCUUGAUGAUGCUAUUGCAGAUUCAUCUGACGAGGAUGAUAUUCAAGAUUUCAGUGAUGGUGAGGCAGAAGCCGUUCCGGAGACUAACGCAGAGGACGGACCGAGCAGCUACCCUUUGUCAGGAGAGAUGGAGCUCGAGAUUGGAUUGAAAUUUCCUAAUCGGGAAACAGCGAUGCUAGCAGUCAAAAACUACAACAUCCGCAGGAGUGCAGAAUAUAAGGUGGUAGAGUCAGACCAAACUAGGUACGUAUGUCGAUGCAAGCAGUUCGGGGAUCAAUGUCGCUGGAUGGUACGGGUUGCGAAGACGAGAUCCUCUAGAUUUUGGAAAAUCCGUAAGUACCUAGGGCCUCACAGUUGCUUGGCAAGUUCAAUGUCUCAAGACCACGCUCAACUUGACAGUAAUGUCAUUUGUCAGCACAUAUUUCCCAUGGUGCAUGCUGAUGCAACAAUAUGUGUAAAGGUAUUGCAAGGAUCGGUAGAGUCAGCGUACGGUUACAAGGUGUCAUACAAGAAGGUUUGGCACGCGAAGCAAAAGGCAAUCGCAAGGAUCUUUGGCGAUUGGGAGGAGUCGUAUGACCAGCUGCGUAGAUACCUCACUGCUCUGCAGGCUUUCGUCCCAGGGACAAUUGUUGACCUCGAAACGCGACCUUAUUAUGUGGGAAACACACUCGACCGUGAGAGUGUCAUGUUCCACCAGGUCUUCUGGUCGUUCCCUUCGUGUGUUGAAGCUUUUAGGCACUGUAAACCACUGGUGUCAGUGGAUGGAACACACUUGUAUGGUAAGUACGCAGGCACCCUUCUCAUGGGCAUAGCACAGGAUGACAAUAACAACAUUCUACCGGUGGCUUUCGCACUAGUUGAGAGAGAGAACACAGAUUCAUGGUACUUCUUCCUCACCAAUUUGAGGAGGCAUGUCGCAACUCGGCCAGGAGUUCUGCUUAUAUCCGAUAGGCAUGCGGCAAUAAAGGCGGCAUUGGAGCGUGAGGGGUGUGGAUGGGAACACAAUGUGUAUUGUGUACGACAUAUUGCCUCCAACUUCGCAACCAGUUUCAAGAGUAAGGAAGCCAAAAGACACCUGGUUAAUGCUGCAUAUUCGAAAACGCAAGAGCAGUCGCAGUACUACCUAGAGCUUAUUAGUAGCGAGGAUCCAGUUACAUCUCCGCAGAUGAUGGAGUGGAUCCGAGGGUUAAAGCCACCUAAAUGGCUGCAGCACCUUGAUGAGGGCCGGCGAUAUGGUCACAUGACAACCAAUCUUUCUGAGUGUAUCAACUCCGUGCUGAAGGGUGCCAGAAAUCUACCAGUCUGUGCAAUUGUGAAGUCUACUUACCAUCGCCUGAAUGAGUUGUUCGUCCUCAAGGGUCGGCAAGCACAAGCGCAGAUUGCAAGCGGUCAGGUGUUCUCACAGUUCUUGCAAAAAGCCAUACUAGCGAACCGUGAGGGGAUUCCGCAGAUGUUAGUGACGCCGUACGAUAGGAAUACUACUAUUUUCACGGUAGACGAGAUAGCUGCUGUAGGGGUGCAGUCACGGUUCCGGGUUAACCUUCAGUACCGCAGAUAUGACUGUGGUUUCUUCCAGGCGUUACACUAUCCCUGUGCACAUGCCUUGGCCGCCUGCGCAUAUGCGAGAUUGGACUGGCAACAGUACGUUGAUUUAGUCUACCGUGUUGAGAGCGUGUUUCGGGUAUACGAAAAGGAAUUCCAGCCAAUGUCGGAUGAGGAGAUAUGGCCCCCUCGAGAAGGACGCCGUCUUCAUCCCAACCCCCUCCUACGACGUUCAAUGGAAGGACGUCCGGUGUCUACUAGGAUUCGGAAUGAAAUGGACGACGUUGAGCCGGGACCAGUGUCUUAA